CCUGCACAUUGCUCUGGGAAAAUAUUGCCUGCUUAGGAAUCAGACUGUCAACUACUCUCAGCUACCACCCUCACAGGAGCAGCUAAAGUCCAGCAGAAGAACAAGCGAAGCUCCAAGGGUGCUGGGGGGGUUCAAUGGACAUUAAUUUCAUAGAUCUUCUGGAUCUUAAGUUUUCUAUGAAGACAGAGAAGUGAGCUGAAUCAGCCUGGAUCUGACAAUGUGUUACCAAGACUGACUGCUGAAAUUCCUAAAAAGGGUAGGCACAUGGACUCCAACAACUGAUCCCAUUCAUGAGGACUAUGGACCAGUACAUUAGAAGGCUAAAGCAGGAGCUGAACACUUCCGAACGCACUAUACUUUCUUCUCUAACGCGUCUGACAGAUCUGUCUGGACAUGUCAGUCAUUGGGUAUGGGAAUAGCUGUCAAUGAAAGAAGUUGGAGAAGGUUUACAGGAGCAGAUGAACUCUAUGAUGGGUGCACUCCAGGAACUGAAACUACUCCAAGUUCAGACAGCUCUUGAACAGCUGGAAAUUUCAGGGGAGCAGAACCAGCUCCACACUAUGAGAACAAAUCCAUAUUGCCAAAAUGUGCAAGAGGCUACUGAGGUCAGGCAUGUGUCCAGAAAAGAGGCUGAGAGUAUACGGGCAGGUGCGAAAAGUCUAGACAACAGCUCGUUGACUAGUAGCCGAGGGUCAUGGGCUGCAAGCACGGUUAGCUCUGUCUCCGUUCCAGGCUUAAAACAAGGUCAUCAGGUAUUGUCAGCAAGUGUAGCAGAGACUGAAACCUCUUUGCCUAUAUCGGUUCCAGUGGACAGGUGGCCUACGUAUGAAUCACAGUCUACAUCUUCCAGCUUCUGUAACCAUUUGCUUAAUAAUAAUAUUCAUUCUGACCUUGAACAAAGUUCUGAUGAUUUUGUAUAUGAUGAAGCCAAUGACUGGACAUCUUCUCUUAUGUCCCAGAGCCGGAACAGGCAGCCUCUUGUCUUAGGUGACAACAUUUUUGCAGAUCUUGUUGGAAAUUGGUUAGAUCUACCAGAGAUGGAGAAAAAAGGAGAAAACUGUGAAGGCCUUUUAGGUGUCAAUAGAUCGCAUGAAAUUUACAAAAAAUUUUCCCUGACGGCUAGUUUUUUCAAAAAGGUUUUGCGAAGCGUUCGUCCAGACCGAGAUAAACUUCUUAAAGAAAAACCUGGCUGGCCAAGUUUUGAAGAUCAAAAACCACAAAUCUACAAGAGAGGCAAGAAACCAAGUAAACAGAAAAGUGUGUUCUAUUUCCCAUCAGCAAAUGACUUUAAAAGUAAAGUUGAAAAACCAGGCAGAACGGAAGGGAAAAGCAUUGCGAUAAGUGCCAAGAAAGACCAGAAACCAAAAGAAUCUAUGUGCAAAGGGUUUGACAUGAACACAGUAGUUUGGGUUUAAGAAUAAAAAUGCUUAUUUAUAGGGGGAUUUGCAUUGUAUUUACUUGAGUGUAUUCAGUUAAACUGAAUACGAAAAAAGAAAUCUCCAUCUCCAAUCUUUUUUUUUAUUUUAUUUUUAAAUAUCUAGAAGACCAAGCUGGUUCUUGGUAUUCAAGUGUCUUUUUUUUUUCUAUUAUUUUUUACAACUCUUUGAACUACUACAAAAAUAUUUUUGACAAUCUGUUCAAAACCAGCUUGCACAUUGUUUGGAAGAUUGGAGAAGAGUCAGAAUUCGGGCAAUUAUGAGCCUCAGCAAUUGAUUUAGUGCAAUUAUAGAACAAUGAAAAUUGCCUGUUAUUAACGCUAAUCCCCGACUUGUCAAUAUGAGCCGUCGAAAUGAUCCCUCUUAAGGCCUUGAACCUUUUACUACUGGGAUCUUCUUGCAUCACAUGGCUUCAGAAAGUCUAUUUUUAUAUAAUACGGUUGAAAGGAAGAAGAAAGGUCACUGUUUUUGUCAUUGCUAAAAGAGAAAGUCUUACUGUGAUCGGACUGGUCGGGCCAGCAAUUACCUCAAGCCUUUCAUAUCUUGGUAUCAUCUCUACUUCUCUACAAAUGCUUAAAACCUGAAAAUCAUCCUGACCUAUUAUACAGUAUUGACACGAUGGAUCUUGAUAUACAUUUCUUUAAUCCAUGGAAGCAUGGACUUGUAUGAAAUCAGGGGCAAGGCAUGAGCACUGAAUACAAUCUGCAGUACAAUUGUAAUGUUUUUGUACUAAGAGUAUAGUUGCACUCAGUCUGUUUGACAAAAGCACUUGUGAUACAACUGGACAAAGUUGUCUCAUUCAUUGUAUUUUAAAUGAAGCCUAAUUCAUGUGUAUGGAUAUGACUGAAAACGGAAUUUCAUAUUUUGGUACAUGGGAAAUCCUAUCCUGGACUAGAUGAAGCUGUGAAGAUGUCAUAUGUGCAUGACUGAUCACCCACUGGAAUAUUAAUAAUUGAAUAUCCACUGUAGAUUACUAGGUUAUCUUGCUAGGUUGCAUAUCCUAUAGAAAUAGACAUUUACCCCUCUUUAUUCACUUUAUUACAGGUGCAUAAUAUGGUUUAACAUAUAUUCUUUCCAUCAGGGGAGGGUUGUGUCAUUUCUUCAGUACUGGACAGUUUUGUAUUGUUUGUGAUGUUAAAAAAAAACAUAUCAUAUUCAAAUAUUUUAAUAGCGAAAUAAAUAUGACCAAUAUGGUGACUGGUUGGUAUCAGGUA